AAAGCGCAAGCGUAUGGCUAGCUAGAGAACCCUCCGCUAUGCUUAGCUAGCACGCAGCGUAAUGAAUUAAGUUGUGCGAUGACACACUCUCCGUUGGAGUCGACGCAUUAGUUUAAGGACACUGCAUCAUCCAAAUGGUAACCAUGUCUGGCACAGCCACUGUGCUCCAGCAGUUUGUCAGUGGGUUGAAAAGUCGCAGUGAAGACACCAGGGCCAAAUCUGCAAAGGAUCUACAGCACUAUGUUACUACAGAGCUCAGAGAGUUAAGUCAAGAUGAAGCCACAACAUUUUAUGAUGAGUUGAACCAUCACAUUUUUGAGCUGGUGUCCAGCUCUGAUGUAAAUGAGAAGAAAGGAGGAAUUCUUGCUAUUGUGAGCCUAAUUGGAGUAGAGGGCGGUAAUGCCACCAGGAUUAGCCGGUUUGCCAACUACCUGCGUAACCUGCUCCCUUCCAGUGACCCAGUCGUGAUGGAGAUGGCUUCCAAAGCCAUGGGCCAUCUCUCUAUGGCAGGGGAUACUUUCACUGCUGAGUAUGUGGAGUUUGAAGUGAAGAGGGCCCUAGAGUGGCUUGGGGCAGACAGAAAUGAAGGCAGGCGCCAUGCUGCAGUGCUGGUUUUGAGGGAGCUGGCUGUGAGUGCCCCCACCUUCUUUUUUCAGCAAGUGCAGCCCUUUUUUGACAAUAUUUUUUAUGCAGUGUGGGACUCUAAGCAGGCCAUUCGAGAAGGGGCUGUGUCAGCACUCCGAGCAUGCCUCAUUCUUACCACUCAGAGGGAGACCAAGGAAAUGCAGAAACCACAGUGGUACAAACAGACCUUUGAGGAAGCAGAGAAAGGCUUUGAUGAAACCUUGGCAAAAGAGAAGGGGAUGAAUCGUGACGACAGGGUCCACGGUGCCCUCCUCAUUCUUAAUGAGCUGGUUCGCAUCAGCAGCAUGGAGGGAGAGCGUAUGCGUGAGGAAAUGGAGGAGAUCACACAGCAGCAGCUAGUCCAUGACAAGUACUGUAAGGAAUUGUUGGGUUUUGGCACCAAGCCGCGUCACAUCACACCCUUCACCAGCUUCCAGUCGGUGCAGCCACAGCAGUCUAAUGCCCUCUUUGGCCUUCUGGGCUACAGCACAGCACAGGGCUUCCUCAGCUUUGGUUCUACGCCUGUGCCCGCCAAGACCUCCUUGGUGGAGAGCCGCUACUGCCGUGAGCUGAUGGAAGAGCGCUUUGACCAGGUGUGCCGCUGGGUGCUGAAGUAUAAGGCCAGUAAGAACCCCCUCAUCCAGAUGACUAUCCUCAAUCUACUGCCACGCCUGGCUGCCUUCCAACCACACACCUUCACAGACCAGUACCUGUCAGACACCAUGGGCUACUUGCUGGGAUGUUUGAAGAAGGAGAAGGAAAGGACAGCAGCCUUCCAGGCCUUGGGACUCCUGGUAGUGGCUGUCAGGGCAGACAUCCAGCCCUACCUCUCCAAAAUCUUGGAGAUCAUUAAGGCAGCCCUGCCACCCAAGGACUUCGCACACAAGAGGCAGAAGACUAUUCAAGUUGAUGCCACAGUCUUUACCUGUAUAAGCAUGCUGUCCAGAGCCAUGGGUCCAACCAUCCAACCAGACAUCAAGGAGCUACUGGAGCCCAUGCUGGCUGUGGGACUAAGCCCUGCGCUGACAGCAGUGCUCUAUGACCUGAGCCGGCAGAUCCCCCAGCUCAAGAAAGACAUCCAGGAUGGUUUGCUGAAGAUGCUGUCCCUGGUUCUAAUGCACAAGCCGCUGCGCCACCCAGGCAUGCCCAAAGGCCUGGCUCACCAGCUGGCCUCACCAAGCCUCACCAACAUCCCUGAGGCCAGUGACGUGGGCAGCAUCACCCUGGCCCUCCGCACACUGGGGAGCUUUGAGUUUGAAGGACACUCUCUCACGCAGUUUGUACGCCACUGUGCCGACCACUUUCUGAACAGUGAACACAAGGAGAUCCGAAUGGAGGCAGCAAGGACAUGUUCACGUCUGCUGACUCCCUCCAUCCACCUGAUUAGUGGUCAUGGCCAUGUUGUCAGCCAGACAGCUGUGCAGGUGGUGGCUGAUGUACUUAGCAAGUUGCUGGUAGUGGGAAUCACGGACCCAGAUCCAGACAUCCGUUACUGUGUGUUGGCAUCUUUGGACGAGCGUUUCGAUGCCCACCUGGCACAGGCAGAGAACUUACAGGCUCUGUUUGUAGCACUGAAUGACGAGGUGUUUGAGAUUAGAGAACUGGCCAUCUGCACUAUUGGACGUCUCAGCAGCAUGAACCCAGCCUUCGUCAUGCCCUUCCUACGCAAGAUGUUAAUUCAAAUCCUGACUGAGCUGGAGCAUAGUGGUGUGGGAAGGAACAAAGAGCAGAGUGCUCGCAUGCUGGGCCACCUGGUUUCUAAUGCCCCCCGCCUUAUUCGCCCAUAUAUGGAGCCCAUCCUCAAGGCUCUCAUCCUAAAGCUGAAAGACCCAGAUCCUAACCCUGGCGUGGUCAUCAGUGUCCUAGCUACCAUUGGCGAGUUGGCCCAGGUGAGUGGCCUGGAGAUGAGAAAGUGGAUGGAUGAGCUUUUCCCUAUCAUAAUGGACAUGCUGCAGGAUUCAUCCUCUCUGGCAAAGCGACAGGUGGCGUUGUGGACAUUGGGGCAGCAAGUGGCCAGCACAGGCUAUGUCGUGGAGCCCUACCGCAAAUAUCCUUCUCUUCUAGAGGUGUUACUCAACUUUCUCAAGACAGAGCAAAACCAGGGCAUCAGGAGAGAGGCUAUACGUGUUCUGGGAUUGCUGGGAGCCCUGGACCCCUACAAGCAUAAAGUGAACAUAGGCAUGAUCGAUCAGUCGCGAGAUGCCUCCGCAGUAAGCCUCUCCGAGUCAAAGUCCAGUCAGGACUCAGCGGACUACAGCACCAGUGAGAUGCUAGUAAACAUGGGCAACCUGCCCCUAGAUGAGUUUUAUCCAGCGGUGGCCAUUGUUACUCUGAUGCGCAUCUUGAGAGAUCCCUCGCUCUCAAACCAUCACACAAUGGUGGUCCAGGCGGUUACUUUUAUCUUCAAGUCACUGGGCCUCAAGUGUGUGCAGUUCCUGCCCCAAGUCAUGCCAACGUUCCUCAAUGUCAUCCGGGUCUGUGAUGCCAGCAUACGUGAGUUCCUCUUCCAGCAGAUGGGAAUGGUAGUGUGUUUUGUGAAGAUCCACAUCCGUCCCUACAUGGAUGACAUUUUCACACUCAUCAGAGAGUACUGGACACCCAACAACCCCAUGCAGAACACCAUUAUCCUGCUGAUUGAGCAGAUCGUGGUGGCACUGGGUGGAGAGUUCAAGCUCUACCUGCCCCAGCUUAUCCCACACAUGCUGCGGGUCUUCAUGCAUGACAACAGUAUCGGCCGCAGCGUCACCAUCAAGCUUCUCAAUGCAAUUCAGCUGUUUGGUGCCAACCUAGACGACUACCUGCACCUUCUUCUGCCACCCAUUGUCAAGUUGUUUGAUGCCCCAGAUGUGCCACUGCAAGCCCGCAAGGUUGCCUUGGAGACUUUGGACCGGCUGACAGAGUCCUUGGACUUCACGGACUACGCCUCACGCAUCAUCCACCCCAUUGUGCGCACACUUGACAGCACACCUGAACUGCGCUCUACAUCCAUGGAUACCCUGUCCUCCCUGGUCUUCCAGCUGGGCAAGAAGUACCAGAUCUUCAUUCCUAUGGUGAAUAAAAUGAUGCUGAAGCACAGGAUUAACCACCAACGCUACGACAUACUCGUAUGUCGUAUUGUCAAGGGCUAUACGCUCACAGAGGAGGAAGAGGACCCACUAAUUUUUCAUAAUCGCCAUUUGCGUGGUAACCAAAGUGACACGUUGGUCAGUGGGCCACUAGAAGCAGGCCCCAUGAAAAAACUCCAUGUCAGCACCACGGCACUGCAAAAGGCUUGGGGCGCUGCCAGAAAGGUGUCCAAAGAUGACUGGCUGGAAUGGCUGAGACGCCUCAGUGUGGUCCUGCUGAAGGAGUCGUCCUCUCCAGCCCUACGAUCAUGCUGGUCUCUGGCUCAGACUUACAUUCCACUUGCCAGGGACUUGUUCAAUGCUGCCUUCCUGUCAUGUUGGUCAGAGCUGAGUGAAGACCAGCAGGAUGAGCUGAUCCGCAGUAUUGAACUAGCCCUAACAUCACAGGACAUUGCAGAGGUCACCCAAACGCUACUCAAUCUGGCUGAGUUCAUGGAGCAUAGUGACAAGGGUCCUUUGCCACUAAGAGACGAUAAUGGCGUUGUGUUGCUUGGUGAGAGAGCUGCAAAGUGUCGUGCCUACGCCAAGGCUUUGCACUACAAAGAACUAGAGUUCCAGAAAGGCCCCUCUCCUCUCAUCCUGGAGUCCCUUAUCAGCAUAAAUAACAAACUGCAGCAGCCAGAGGCAGCAUCAGGUGUGCUGGAGUAUGCCAUGAAACACUUCGGUGAGCUGGAAAUCCAAGCCACCUGGUAUGAGAAGCUGCAUGAGUGGGAGGAUGCCCUUGUUGCUUACGACAAGAAGAUUGACAUGAACAAGGAGGAUCCAGAGCUGAUCCUGGGCCGCAUGCGCUGCCUAGAAGCCCUGGGAGAAUGGGGCCAGUUGCACCAGCAGUGCUGUGAGGAGUGGACACUGGUGAACGAGGAGACUCAGGCAAAGAUGGCCCGAAUGGCUGCUGCUGCAGCCUGGGGUUUAGGACACUGGGACAGCAUGGAAGAGUACACCUGUAUGAUUCCCAGAGACACACACGACGGGGCCUUCUACAGAGCCGUGCUCGCCCUGCAUCAGGACCUCUUCUCUCUGGCCCAGCAGUGCAUUGACAAAGCUAGAGACCUCCUGGAUGCUGAGCUGACAGCCAUGGCUGGAGAGAGCUACAGUCGAGCCUAUGGGGCCAUGGUGUCUUGCCAGAUGCUGUCUGAGUUGGAGGAGGUGAUCCAGUAUAAAUUGGUCCCAGAAAGGAGGGACAUAAUUCGGGAGACGUGGUGGGAAAGGCUCCAGGGAUGCCAGCGCAUAGUGGAGGAUUGGCAGAGGAUACUGAUGGUCAGGUCACUGGUCAUAAACCCCCAUGAGGACAUGAGGACUUGGCUGAAGUAUGCCAGCCUCUGUGGCAAGAGUGGACGCCUGGCACUGGCCCACAAGACUCUUGUGCUUCUGCUGGGGGUCGACCCCUCAAAACAGCUGGACCAUCCACUGCCCACAGUCCACCCCCAUGUAACUUACGCCUACAUGAAGUACAUGUGGAAGAGCACUCGUAAGAUUGAUGCCUUUCAGCACAUGCAGCACUUUGUGCAGGGGAUGCAGCAACAGGCCCAGCAUGCAAUUGCAGCUGAGGACCAGCAACACAAGCAAGAACUCCACAAACUCAUGGCCAGAUGUUUCUUGAAGCUAGGGGAGUGGCAGCUUAGUCUGCAGGGCAUCAAUGAGAGUACCAUCCCCAAGGUCCUGCAGUAUUACAGCCACUCAACUGAGCACGACCGCAACUGGUACAAGGCCUGGCAUGCCUGGGCAGUGAUGAACUUUGAAGCAGUGCUGCACUACAAACACCAGAACCAGGGACGCGAUGAAAAGAAGCUGCGGCAUGCCAGUGGUGCCAGUGCCAACAGUGAGGCCAGUAACAGUGACAGCGAGGUGGACAGCAUUGACCAGAGCCCUGUUCCGUCACCAGGCCAAAAGAAGGUCAAUGAGGACCUGUCUAAAACAUUACUGCUGUACACCGUGCCUGCUGUCCAGGGCUUCUUCCGCUCCAUCUCCCUGUCCAGGGGGAACAACCUUCAGGACACGCUCAGGGUUUUAACUCUCUGGUUUGACUAUGGUCACUGGCCUGAAGUCAAUGAGGCUCUGGUGGAGGGGAUCAAGACCAUUCAGAUUGAUACCUGGCUACAGGUGAUACCUCAACUCAUAGCUCGCAUUGACACCCCCCGGGCUCUGGUGGGGCGCCUCAUCCACCAGCUCUUAACUGACAUUGGACGCUAUCAUCCCCAAGCUUUGAUCUAUCCAUUAACUGUGGCCUCCAAGUCCACCACCACCGCCCGCCACAAUGCUGCCAACAAGAUCCUGAAGAACAUGUGUGAGCACUGUAACACCUUGGUCCAGCAGGCCAUCAUGGUGAGUGAGGAGCUCAUCAGAGUGGCCAUUCUCUGGCAUGAGAUGUGGCAUGAAGGCCUGGAGGAGGCCUCUCGCCUUUACUUUGGUGAGCGCAACGUCAAGGGCAUGUUUGCUGUGCUGGAGCCUCUUCAUGCCAUGAUGGAAAGGGGACCACAGACCCUCAAAGAGACCUCCUUCAACCAGGCAUAUGGACGGGAUCUGAUGGAGGCUCAGGAUUGGUGCAGGAAGUACAUGCGUUCUGGAAAUGUUAAAGACCUGACCCAGGCCUGGGACUUAUAUUAUCACGUUUUUAGACGUAUCUCCAAACAAUUGCCCCAGCUCACUUCACUGGAGCUGCAGUACGUGUCUCCUAAACUGUUGAUGUGCAGGGACCUGGAGCUGGCUGUACCUGGUACUUAUGACCCCAACCAGCCCAUCAUCCGCAUCCAGUCCAUUGCCCCGUCUCUUCAGGUCAUCACCUCCAAGCAACGCCCACGCAAACUAACCAUCAUGGGAAGUAACGGCCACGAGUUUAUGUUCCUGCUGAAGGGUCAUGAGGAUCUGAGACAGGAUGAGAGAGUGAUGCAACUUUUUGGCCUGGUCAAUACACUGCUGGCCAAUGACCCUGCAUCCCUACGCAAGAACCUCAGCAUCCAGCGCUAUGCAGUGAUUCCCCUCUCCACCAACUCAGGUCUGAUUGGCUGGGUGCCGCACUGUGACACCCUGCAUGCCCUGAUCAGAGACUACAGGGAGAAGAAGAAGAUUCUUCUCAACAUUGAACAUCGCAUUAUGCUCAGGAUGGCACCAGACUAUGAUCACCUGACGUUGAUGGAGAAGGUGGAAGUGUUCGAGCAUGCUGUUAACAACACUGCAGGGGAUGACCUGGCCAAACUUUUGUGGCUUAAAAGCCCCAGCUCAGAGGUAUGGUUUGACAGAAGAACCAAUUACACACGCUCCCUGGCGGUGAUGUCGAUGGUGGGCUACAUCCUGGGAUUGGGUGACAGGCAUCCUUCCAACUUAAUGUUGGACCGGCUGAGUGGCAAGAUUCUCCACAUUGACUUUGGAGACUGUUUUGAGGUUGCCAUGACCAGAGAGAAAUUCCCUGAAAAGAUUCCAUUCCGGCUGACCCGGAUGCUGACCAAUGCCAUGGAGGUGACAGGUCUUGAUGGUAACUACCGCAUCACAUGCCACACAGUGAUGGAGGUACUGCGGGAACAUCGGGAUAGCGUCAUGGCUGUGCUGGAAGCUUUUGUCUACGACCCCCUGCUAAACUGGAGACUAAUGGACAUGAAUACCAAAGGUAACAAGCGGUCCCGUACCAGAACAGACUCCUACACCGCUGGACAGUCAGUGGAGGCACUGGAAGGAAUAGACCUUGGAGAGACCACACACAAGAAACCAGGAACCACAGUGCCUGAAUCCAUUCACUCCUUCAGAGAUGGACUCGUGCAACCUGAGGCCCUCAACAAGAAAGCGAUCCAGAUUAUCAACAGGGUGCGGGACAAACUCACCGGCCGAGACUUCUCUCACGAUGAGACCCUAGAUGUUCCCACCCAGGUGGAGCUCCUCAUCAAACAAGCUACAUCGCAUGAAAACCUGUGCCAGUGCUACAUUGGAUGGUGUCCAUUUUGGUAAAGGAAAUUUGGUAGCCAAGGAGCACUUGAGGGUCAGCCUUCCUCUUUGGCAAACCAUGAAAAUGCACGUGAUGGGACUUAACAGUCUCACAGCAUAAGACAAGAUUGUAAAGACUGGUUGGUAAACUGGGGUGUGGGGUGGUGGUAGAUAUUUCUGUAAGUACCUGAAGAGCUGGGACUUAACAUGGUUUUCAUAAUCUGACAAUCAAUGAGUCAGAUGGAAGAGGAGGGACUUUUUCCGGUAACAGUUUAUAAUAACUACACUAAUGAAGCAUUAGUUAAGUAUUAGGAACUACUGAAUUCAUCAUUUGUAAAGCAAGACAUGCACCAAUGGUUAGUAAGUGUGUUAACAGAUGUUUUAUGAAUAUUAAUAAUACUGCAAUUCAUAAUUAAUUCCUGCACAAAUGUACAUGUAAAUAGGUUGUUUUUUUAAGCAAUAUAUUUAUUGAAUUUUGUUUGCAAAUUACUUCAAAACAAGUAAUAGCACAGUACAGCAAACAUUUUCACCCUACCCCCCCCCCCCCAUAACCCCAUCCCUAUAACAAGUAAUACAAUUCAAAGCAGGGUUAAAGAAGAUAAUAAAUAAAAUAAAAUAAUAAUAAUUUCUUUCACAGACUGAUUAGAGGGUGUGUUUUUCUUUUUCAGUUGCUUUUACGCAUAUAAACAAUCAGAUAGAGUUGUUCUACUCCCACAGAGCUUGUUCUUGCUGAAGCAAGUUACCAACAUUAGUAUUACGUCUUAAGAAGUACAGAAACAAUCCCCAGAUUUGAUCAAAAACACUUUGUUUACGUCUAACAAUAUACAUUAUCUUUUCCAUUGACAUGUUUGAAGCCAUUUCUUUAACCCACAUACCAAUUCUUGGUCCAUCAACACUUUUCCAAUUAAGAGCAAUUACACGUUUUGCUUGUAGUAUACACAUAUCUAUAAAUCUGAACUUAUUGCUAUGUAAAUGUGGGGUGGUAGGAUAUAAACCAAGAAUAAAAAGCUUUGGACUCAAUGGUAAUUUCUUUGACAAAAUUUGAUCAAUCAUAUCAACAACAUCUUGCCAGAAGGUUUUCACUUUCACACAUUCCCAUAUACAGUGAAACAGCAUCCCCCUUGCCUCACUAUACUUAAUACAGGUAUCAGGAAUGUUGUCAUUAAACUUGUGCAAUUUAACAGGAGUUAUAUAUGUACGCAUCAGCCAUUUAUACUGUAGAAGCUUUGGGUUGCUGCUAACUGUCUGUCUCUGGGCCUCUUUACAUGCCUCACUCCAUUCUUCUAAAGAUAUUUCCUCCUCUAUAUCUCCCUCCCAUGAUCUUGUAAAUAGGUUGUUAAUCAUGUACUUACAUUUUCUAAAGGAUCGUACGAUCCUUUAGACUUUGGUGAGUCUCAAGGUCCUGCUGGCCUUUCAGUCUCAUUUGUAAAUGCUUUGUAAGGCAUAACCCUCUUUUACACCAAAAUGAGCAUGUAUAAGCAGGGUUUUUUAACACGGGUAAACCUGCUAAAAAUAGGCAGUUGACUCCUUUCACAGUGCCAGCAGACCCGGGUCUGACUGCCAGCAGACGAGUUUGUCUUGUUUUCUUCUUCUGUAGCGUCAUCUUUGACGUCAUGAUGUUCGUGAUGUCACGAACGUGCCGGAAAACAGGGAAGUAAACGGUAAAAAGCAGCAUGGAAGCCAGAGAGAUGGUGGUUAAUGUUACUUUUUUAUAUCUUGUACUUCAGUCUCUCUUUCAAACCAGACAAACUCAACGCAAGCUGAACGAUGUUCGAGCACCGCUUGAACGAAGACGCUGUACCCACAAACAAAUGUUUUUCCUCAGUUGCCGGCACGAUUUUAUGACGCGUGGACAAUGGCGCUACGUCAUCGGGCAAAUUAGCGAGUCCACCCGGGUGUCGCGUUUACAUCAAUGCCGAUCGGAGGUGGAGCCGAUAAAUACCUGCGACUACUGCAGAGUCAUGUGAGCCGGGAGUCAAUGCUGACUGUACACGUUUACACUGACCACCAAAGGCGGAUGUUAGCGGCUGUUAGCGGGUUCUUUGGCCAGUGUGAAAAGGACUUUUGUAGUCCUCACUUUAGAUGAGUUCAUACAAAAUACUUAACAGCUAGUCACUACCUGAACUAAUCAUGAAUUGCAGUAUUAAAUAAGUAUUUAUAAACAUCUAUUAACAAACCAACCAUUGGUGCAUGUCUUGCUUUACAAAUGAGGAAUUCUGUGGUUACUAAUACUUAACUAAUGCUUCAUUUGUGUAGUUAUUAUAAAGUGUUACCCUUUUUCGUUUUGUUGCAUCAUCAUUUGUUGCCAUAUUACAACAUGUAAUAACUGCACAGUUCUGACUUGUCACACUGUAUGAUUUAGAAAUGCUGCAGUCUGUGGUACUAUUGUUUAUUAUUGUGAGAGCGUUGGAUAACAUAUCGAUUCCUUUUAAUACUCAAACCACUCUCAGAAACGAUGAAACAGAAUUGAAGGAAUUUGAUAUAAAAUGGUCACAGUGUAUGGAUGGCGGCACAGUGGUUUCAGUGGUUAGCACAGUCGCCUCACAGCAAGAAGGUUCUGGGUUCGAGCCCCGGGGUAGUCCAACCUCGGGGUCGUCCCGGGUCGUCCUCUGUGUGGAGUUUGCAUGUUCUCCCCAUGUCUGCGUGGGUUUCCUCCGGGUGCUCCGGUUUCCUCCCACAGUCCAAAGAUAAGUAGGUCAGGUGAAUCGGCCAUUCUAAAUUGUCCCUGGGGGGGGGGGGGGGGCUGUGAUGGCCUGGCGGCCUGUCCAGAGUGUCUCCCUGCCUGCCACCCAAUGACUGCUGGGACAGGCUCCAGCAUGCUCACGAGCCUGAGUAAGGAGAAGUGGUUUGGAUAAUGGAAUGGAAUAAAAAAAAGUGUAUGGAUAUAUGAACUAUUAAAUCCUAUGAAAUAUUCUGAUGACUGUAUCUCUCUUGUGUACUUUUGCCUUUUAUGAUUGCUAGAUUGGUUAUUUGAUUGGGAAGAUGUAUGUAUGUAUGAAAAAAUGCUAUAUAUAUAUAUAUAUAUAUAUAUAUAUUGCGUUUUUUCCCUCAAAACCGUCAAGGGUGUUGAUAGAAGUGCUCAACUAAUGAGGAGCGGAAU